GGGACUUAUGCCAAGUUUCAAUAUUGAGAAGAAACAAAAAUUAUUUUUCAGUUUGAAUUUGAUUUUGUAACUGGUCAAACGCAAAUAGAUUUUUUUUUUCUAUAGUUUAUGUGCAAGAUGCGCGAACGUUGUGGUAACUCGAGCUUUGUCCUUGUCCGAAUAGAAUAGGUUUCGAAAAAAAAAAAAAAUAUUAAUUGAAUCUGUUGUUUAAUGCAAAAUUCGCGAUUAGAUUAUGUACUUUUUGACCAGUGAAGGUGAAGAGGUUAAUAAUGGGAAGUUUGUUUUGUUGCUGUGGUAAAAAAGAUAAGGAAAAUGAUGAGGAUAAUCGGUUUGAUGAGCAAAAUAAUAAACAGGAUCUGAUUAUCGAUCAACCUUUCAUAAGAAACAGCACAAUCGAAGAACUCAAACUAAAGCUAGAACAAAAAGAACUUUUAGUUCGACCACGUUCCAUUUCACCAAAUAAAAAUUCCCCAGGGGAACACACAGCAGAAGAUAUGAUUCCGGAAACCCGGACCCCGUCAUCUUUGUUAAGCGACGAUGGGCUGAUAGCUCCCAAAAAGCCUGCCAAUCCUGUACGAGAGGAUCCUGGCCGACAAAAUCUUCACAGAGAAUUGUUAUUUAAUCAAAAAAUAGGCAAAAAUGUCUUGAACCAAAAAUCCGAGCUGCAAAGGGCGUUGGAAAAACACAAAGACAACAUUGCCAAGAAACAGCUUGAACAUCACAUAGCAGACACAACUCCAGAGUUGGAAAAAGUUAUUGCGGAUAGGGCGAGGCGAUUGGAGAAUCCUGUCAAACAAGAGAAUGAAGAAGACAAAGUCAUAAACAAAGAAUUUCUUCAGGCAAGAAUGAAACUGAAAUCUACCAAUGAAUCCAAAUAGGUUUUCGAAUAAUUUUAGGAAGUCAAUUUCUAUUAAUUCAACCAACUAAAACAAUAGGAAACCAGAUCUUAAACAAAACAUUUAAUUCUUAGUAUUGAUGAAUUAUAAGAAUAAUAUUUGUUCGUGUAAUUAAUAAUUAUUAUAUUGUUUUUUAAUUUUUAAAUUUUGUUAAUGUGAUAAAAAUGGUAAGAAUGUGACAAAAUUGAAAAAAUAAUUUUAAAAAAAUGACUAGAAUAAUAAUUGUAUGUUGCCUAUUUUAUAAGUUUUAGGAUUUAAGGAGCGCCUCUAUUGAUUUGUAUAUGAUGAUUAUUGCUAAAAUAAAUAUUUUU